GUGUCUGAUGUAAUAAUAAAUACCCAAAUUACAGUGUGGUCAGUGUAGAAUUGAGUGGACACACAUAAGUACAAGAAAUACACAACAAUGGCUGGUGGUAAAGCAGGAAAAGACUCAGGAAAGGCUAAAGCCAAAGCUGUCUCUAGAUCACAAAGAGCAGGAUUACAGUUCCCAGUGGGUCGUAUUCACAGACAUCUUAAACACAGAACAACCAGUCAUGGCCGUGUUGGUGCCACAGCAGCUGUUUACAGUGCUGCCAUCUUGGAAUACCUGACUGCUGAAGUUUUGGAGUUGGCAGGUAAUGCCAGUAAGGAUUUGAAAGUAAAGAGAAUCACACCCCGUCAUUUACAGCUUGCCAUUAGAGGUGACGAGGAGUUGGAUUCUCUCAUCAAAGCUACGAUCGCUGGAGGUGGUGUCAUCCCACAUAUCCACAAGUCUCUCAUUGGAAAGAAAGGUCCACAAGGAAAGGCAUAAAUGUGUGUUCAUCAGUGACUUUUAAAGGCAGCUUUUACAAACAUCUCAUUGACAGUGCUCAAUAGUUCAUAAACUUUCAUCAAACAUUCAGAAUUUCAUUGGAAAACUUUUUUCGUUUAUUUUAAACUAAUCAUCAAACAAUAAUGUGAUUUUAACAAACCUUACGGGUAAAAACACAGAAGGUUAUUAUAGACAAUUAGUAAAAUGUAGUUCAUACCAUCUAUGUUUUUAUUGAAAUAAAAUUUUUAAAAUGUA